AAAUUGAAUUCUUUCUCCGGCUGCUGCCGGCGAGAGGUGGUGGGCCAAAGGCCGAGAUAAGGGACGGGGGAUGUGAGAGUGAACGACCUCUCGCAUCGCAAAUUCGCAUCUGUGCGCGAUCCGGCGAUUCCCGGCCCCGGUGAGCUCCGAGGUCCGAGGCUCCGAGGUGACGGAAGCGAGAAACGGGGCCGCCGCCGCCGCUGUCGCCGCCGCACCGAGUGCGAUCCCCGGAUGCUCGCGUGCGUGUGUGAAUCGAUGCGUGAUUUAAUCACCGCGUCACAUGGUACCGCGGCGUCUGGCGACGGAAGGAAAAUAGGUGUGAUCGUGCUAUCGCUGAUGUGCAUCAAUCACUCUCCUCCCGUGUGUUAUUUAGUUUGUGUCAAACGCGCUGGUGCGCGCAUCGUCUGAUCGGACUCGAAUACAGGUGGCGAGAUUCGAAUCGCGCGUUAAUCCCACUGAUAUACCUAUGGCGACCAUGAGCAACAGCAAUGGAUCAACGAUGCAGAUUAAUACUCGGCCUGAUGACAUCCGAAAGCGGAUUAUUGGAUCGGAUGAUAGUUCGCAAGGAGAUGCGACAGCAUGCGGGACUAUCUUGGUGAUAUUAUCAUGGAUCGUUGUGAUACUGACGAUGCCGUUCUCUCUCUUUGUUUGUUUCAAGGUUGUACAAGAAUAUGAAAGAGCCGUCAUAUUUCGACUGGGACGUCUUUUAUCAGGCGGUGCUAAGGGUCCCGGAAUCUUUUUCAUCCUGCCGUGUGUGGACAACUACGCGCGCGUUGAUCUGCGAACGCGGACAUAUGACGUGCCGCCGCAAGAGGUCUUGACAAAGGACAGCGUUACGGUAUCCGUUGAUGCAGUCGUUUAUUACCGCGUUAAUAACGCGACCAUUUCAAUUGCGAAUGUGGAGAAUGCGCAUCACAGUACGAGACUACUGGCUCAAACGACCUUGAGGAAUACCAUGGGGACACGACCGCUUCAUGAAAUAUUGAGCGAGCGAGAGACAAUCUCUGGAAACAUGCAGGUUUCCCUAGACGAAGCCACUGAUACGUGGGGAAUAAAAGUCGAGCGAGUCGAAAUUAAAGAUGUACGACUACCUGUUCAGUUGCAGCGAGCUAUGGCGGCGGAAGCCGAAGCUGCACGCGAAGCACGCGCUAAAGUGAUUGCUGCAGAAGGAGAACAGAAGGCCAGCAGGGCUUUGCGAGAAGCGUCGGAAGUCAUCGGCGAUUCACCGGCAGCCUUGCAGCUUCGUUAUUUGCAGACACUGAAUACAAUAUCAGCGGAGAAGAACUCUACCAUUGUGUUUCCGCUACCAAUCGAUAUGCUGACAUAUUUUAUGAAAGCUUUGCCAAAGGAAUAAUUAAAGAAAGAGAUAGAAGAAAAAGAAAGUGUGCGCGUUAUGUUUCGCAAUGUAUAACCACCAAAGAGAAGAAUAACAAUUCCCCUGAUGCUAUUUGACAGGGGGGUUUUGUUUGGUGAUUUAUUCGUAUAUUUGACACGCUUACAUAUUACAUCUUAAUAAUAAAGAGUUGCCAAUAUUCGACCAUUAUCUAUAACAAUUUCAAAUUUAACAGGCUGUAGAGUGAUUAUUUGCAAAACGUUGCAUACGUGUGAUUUUGUCGCACAGAAUCAACUCGGAUAAUUCUAUACGGCAUAGACUGAAACACAUAUUUUUGGAAAAUCUUAUAGGAUUAUUUUAUACGUUUACAUGCUAUAAGAGAGAGAAGUAGUAUAGCAAAAUUUAUAGCAUGUACAUAGAACAUAAUUGAAUAACGUCAAUAUUUGUAAACAUUCGGUCCGUUCUUGGUACGGCAAUAAUUUCACUUGCGUCAGGUAUAUAUUUGCAAUUAAAUUUCAAAUGAUGAAAAAUAUAUAAUGAUUGAAAAUUUCACAUAAUUAAUCCGUUCAUCACAGAUCUCGCACUGCCACUAAUGCCAGACUUGUACAAGAUAUGAUUGACUUUACAACAUUAAGCAAUCGAUCGAUUUGUAUAAACAAAAUUUAUUUAGUAUAAUAAUUAUUUGAGAUAGAUGUCAAGGAGCGGUUUUUUAUCUUGUCAAUUUCGUGAUAUGCGAUAACAUUUGAUCUAUCACUUAAUAAUGAACUAUUAAAACUGUUUAAAUCUUGCCUAUUUCGCUUACGGUACUAAAUUACGUUUUGUCAAGUAAAAGAUUUAUUUCACAAUAUAUAUUCCUUGAUAAUUUUCUAUUUUGAUCAUGUGGUGCUAUUUAAACACUUAUCGCUAAUACUGGUAAUAUUGCCAUGGAUGCGCUCAAGUGUUAAGAAUAAUUAAUUUUACAAUCACUACAUAGAAAUAUUUAUACUUUAUACAGCGGCCUGUAAUGAUUGCUUGGUCCAACAUCGGCAACUCUUGCUAGCGAUAUUUAUAUACAUUGUUUACUCAAUCACUAACGCUUUGAUACUCUUACGGUUAUCUUGUAAAGAAAAAAAAGAACAAAUUAUCGGAUACAUACAGACGAUCUCGGAGAACAUUCAGUAUUAUUUAUUUAAUAAAAUGCAAAAUUGAAUUGGAUAAGACUAUUUACUAAGAGCACGUAGAAUAAUUAAAUAAUCAAAUCAUCGAAGGAUAUGUAUGCAUCUAAUAAUACCUUCUCUUAGUAAAUUUGGUCGGAACUUGCCCCAUGACUUCUUUAUUUAUUCUAUGUUGUACAUACUUUCAAUGGUCGUAGGAACUAUUGUAAGGGAGAGUUUUCACAUUUUAGCAUCAGCUUUUCAAGACAGAUGCGAAUUACAUAAUAUACUGAAAUGAGUGAAAGAGCUAUAUUGCAUCGUUUUAAAAGACUCGUAAGAAAAAUUUAUUGUAACUGUGAUGGUUGUUAGACUGUAGAAGAUUUUACAUAUAAUUAUAUGUAAGAUCAGCUCACUUAUAGCAUAACGUUCUUCAAGUGAGCUGAUCGUCAUUUCACUUCCAUGUACACCGAGAAAAAAGAAUUGUUAAUUUGAUUAAAUUUCUUAAAUUCAGCGAUUUUAUGAAUUUAAAUUAAAAAUACUUCAAUUUAAGAAAUUGAAUCAAAUUGAAAAAUUCAGUCAAAUUAACUUUUAUCUCAGUGUAUAUAUUUUAAAGGCGAAGAACAGUAUCUGAUUCGCGUUAGAAUAGAAACGUUGCAAUUCGUGAUGCGAUAAUGGGAUUGUAAUAUCGCUGUAUGGUUAAGUGAUUAAAUUGCAUAUUUAAUGUUAUUCCUCCGACGUCUGAUAAAUAUAAUAACUAUUAUAAUUAUGCAGUAUCUCACGAAAUUGACCAAGCAUUUCGAAAACUUUAUAACAAGGUUUAGAUACCUAUUAUUUUAAAGGAAUAUUUUAUUUGCAUCUUUCCUAACAGGUUGUGAAGCUUGUUUUUAUAUACUUUAUUUUUCUUCGUGAUGGGACCAACAUAGGUAUAUCGAAUCAUUUUGAAUAUGUGACAAAAAUUUUGAGAAUACUAUAACUCUAAUUACAAUUAUAGUCUAAAACCAAGCAUUUUUUGAAAGAAUCUUAUGGAUCUUGAAUAGUUUUAAAGUCUGGAAAGUCUUGAAAGUUUUGGAAAAGUGUGUCUUUUCUAGUUUUCUUUCAUAAAGCUUUACAUUACUUCUCAUGCAUAAUCCAUUCUAUUUUAUACGUAGGCAGAUAAUGUUAUUUUUAAGAAGUUUUAAAAUGUUUCAGAUAUUCAAACUUUUAAAAAAAGAUUUUCUAGACUUAAAUUCAAGGUUUUUUUAUUAGAAUGUGUGGUUUCGAAUGAUAAGAAAUAAAUCGAAAUAAUUUUAAUAACUGAAUUGCUCGAAAGCUUUUGCAAGAAAAGAAUUGAUAUUCAGACGCCCAUCACUACUCCUUUCUCUUUAUUAUAUAUAAAAAUAUCAUGAACUUUUUUCACUAUUUGAUCACUUUUAUGAAUAAAUAUAGGUAAAACAGUACGAUAUCCUGAUGCAUAUUUUCUGCAUACAUAUACAGGAUGUGUUCUCCCGAUAAAUUUAAAAAAAUUUAAUAUAAAGAAUAAGAAAAAUCUAGAUAAGAGUAACUACUUGACUGUUUAAAGUGUUUGAACGAAUGUUGAAUGCGUAUGAUAAUUUUUAAAUAAUAAACGAGUUAAUCAUUCACGAGCUUCCGUUUCCGCGUAUAUUCGACAACAUAUCAAUGGCAUAAUUAUACACGUAGCGUAAACAAAGAUUAAAGUGCUAGUGAAUGAUAAAUUUCAAUCGUUUAUUGUUUAAAAAUUAUAUCUGCAAUAUUCAACACAAUUACUCUAAUCUUGACUGAUAUUUCUCAUUGUUAUUGUCUCUGAUUAAAUUCUUUUAAACUUGAUGGGGUGCAAAACCUGUAUAUAUCGUAUACAUAAUAAUUAUAUGUAUACAUAAUAUAUCAUAUAUAUACACAUAUAUACGUGCGCGCGGGUGUAUAUGUGUAUUUUGUCAUUCUACAAGCAUUACUGGAGUUUUGUGCUUUUUAAGAGUAAGAUGGAGAAAGUUGUCUCCAAUUUUAUUAAAUGUAUAAAUGCAUAUACACAUCUAUAGCGCUGAUUUAAGUUAUAUUACAUCCGCCUCCUCCCUUUAAUCAGUCUACCAAUCUGCAGGCGAUAAAUAAUGCAAAGUUUGUGAAUAUUAUAAAUGUUGUAAAUUCUACCGCUAUUAUUCUACAUGAUUGAUCGAUUAAUUAUAGUAGCACGAUAAUUUUUACGACGAGGAUCUUUACCGUCCUAUUUUGUAUAGUUUAUAAUGCUUUAUCAUGUACUUCGUCAUCGAUUCCAUGUAAGUACACAAUAUCUACUAAAAAUGUAGAAAGAUGCGUUUCUGUUCUUUAAUGUACAGAAAUGUACAUGCGAGUAUAAAUAAAAAGAAUGUUCACGUAAGUUAAGAAAGAUACGCAUACUUUUUGAUUUAUACGCGACAGCACAUUUAUAUGUAAGUUAUAUAAGUUGCUUUUUAUGCGAGCUCUUCAUACGUCGAUCAUGGUUACAAAAAAAUAUGUGUGUUAAAAAUUCCGAAAUAAAAAUUGGAAUUCUGUAAA